CUUCAACCAAAGCCAACAUGUAUUUGCCACGGCCUAACCAGCAUACCGUCGGCGUCGCAACGCUCCGAAAUCUAAAUAUAAGCGCCGUGGCGACUCAACGGACGUCCCACACUUAUUAAUAGCAAUCCGUAAGUGAAUCUCGGGAGUUUGGUGUUUCUCUUUCCUUAGGUCAACGACGAUUACAGUCAUUUGAGUCGCUAUAAAUCGAAAACUAUGGUGUAGUUCGCACGCUGGAAGCAAUCAUUGUGAUAGUCGUUGUCUUGAGCGAAAGAGAAAGUGGUGACGAUUUUUUUUUCGUUUUCGAGUGACCAAAAAGUUUUUUGUGAGUGAACUUGAGAACAAAUUAAGCCUCUAUGAUGGGAAGACUCUCGCAUUCGGCCGCUAUUCGGUGACGGUGACGUAAUUGUGAGGAAUGUUCAUCCCUGACACGCUGCGCAGCUGCAUGGUGGAACCCGAUGUAUCCUCAUAUCUGCAGACGCCGUCCUCGGGACAGGACGAAUUCCAUCCUUUCAUCGAGGCACUCCUACCUUUCGUUAAAUCUUUCUCUUACACAUGGUUCAACCUGCAAGCUGCCAAAAGGAAAUAUUACAAAAAACAUGAAAAACGAAUGUCCCUGGAGGAGGAGAGACAGUGCAAGGAAGCUCUUCAGAACGAGAAGGCGGAAGUCAAGCAAAAGUGGGCAUCUCGUUUGUUGGGAAAGUUGCGCAAGGACAUCACUCAAGAAUGUCGCGAGGACUUCGUCUUGAGUAUAACAGGUAAAAGAUCGGCCGUUUGUGUCCUGUCAAACCCUGACCAAAAAGGGAAGAUGCGCCGAAUAGACUGCCUUCGUCAGGCCGACAAGGUUUGGCGUCUUGAUCUCGUUAUGGUGAUAUUAUUCAAAGCAAUUCCUUUAGAGAGUACGGAUGGUGAGAGGUUGGAGAAAAAUCCAGAAUGCCAGCAGCCUGGACUUUGUGUUAACCCGUAUCAUAUUAACGUAUCAGUGAGGGAACUGGAUCUCUAUCUAGCUAAUUUCAUCAAUAGUCACGGUAAGUUUGUAUCAAAUUACUAUUGUUUUAUUUUACAUACAUCCUCAAAAAUUUACGACAUCUUCACCAAAGUUUACGUUAACUUUACCAACAUUUACGCUAGCUUCACCAAAAUUUACGUUACCUUCACCAAAAUUUACGUUACCUUCACCAAAAUUUAA